UUUUGAAUUGGGUAUGUGGGCUAAAGCGAAUGAUUUCACCAGUAAAACUUGAUUCAGAAUCAUAAAAUAUAGCAAUAAAUUAGGGCAAAUGAUGGUAAUCAAAUAAUGGUGUGGUUUCUUUGGGGAGUGGAGGUGGCUUCUUUACGCAAUCCAUCAUCAUAUUAUUCAUUCAUCUCUCUUUUCUUUUUGUUUUCUUCAAAUUAAUCUCUCAUAAAUUCUUCAUCAUCGAUGCCUUAUCUUCAUUGGAUCAUCAACUAUCCAACCAUUCAAUCAUAAGGUUUUUCUUGAUGAUUUCGAGAACAAAACUUGUGGGGUUUCGAUUUUAUCGUGAUUAGGAAUUUGGGGUUUUAUUGAUUUUCAUUUCACCAGUUGGGUUUUCAAUCUUGCUUCCUGUUUGAUCAUUUGGUUCUCAAUCUUGGUGUGAUUUGGAAAUUUGGGUUGGGGGUUUUUUUUGAUUUUAAUCGUUUUGAUCAUGGGUAAUGUUGGAAGUAACGGUUCCAACGGUCGGAGGAGGCACGGCGGUGGAAACAGUAGACGGAGAAACCAUCAUACCAACCCGCCACCGCCACCACCACCGGAACAACACCAGUCGGAGAUCAACAAUCGAUUUGUAUUCGCUGCAGCCACACCUUACCCUUCACAAUACCCUCACCCUCCACCACCGUAUUACCAAUACCCAGCUGGCGCAUACUACCCACCACCACCACUUCGUGCCGUACCCUUGCCACCACCACAUGAUCCCCACCACCACUAUCACCACCGUAUCCCCAUGGACCCAACCUGGGUAGGUGGUAGAUACCCUUGUGCACCUGUGAUGCACCCUCCUACACCUUAUGUUGAUCAUCAAAAAGCGGUAACCAUAAGGAAUGAUGUUAACCUCAAGAAAGAAACUCUCAAGAUUGAAGCCGAUGAACAAAACCCAGGAAAAUUUCUUGUUUCUUUCACUUUUGAUGCCACUGUUGCUUGCAGCAUCACCCUUUAUUUCUUUGCAAAAGAGGGGGAAGACUGUAAGCUGAGUGCAGAGUCGCAUGAGCCGAUUACGAUCAGCUUCAAACAAGGUUUGGGCCAGAAAUUUAGGCAAACGCCAGGAACUGGCGUAGAUCUGUCGACAUACGAGGAGGCAGAGUUAUCGAAAGGGGAUGAAAUGAAUGUAUACCCUUUGGCAGUGAAGGCAGAAGCGAUGCCAGAAGAUGGUGUGAAUAAUAGUAAUUCCCAGAUAACAGAUGCAGUUUUUGAGAAGGAAAAGGGGGAAUAUAAGGUCAGAGUAGUGAAACAAAUCUUGUGGGUGAAUGGGGUAAGAUACGAGUUGCAGGAGAUUUAUGGGAUUGGGAAUUCGAUUGAUGGUGGUGAUUUUGAUGGGAAUGAUCCUGGGAAAGAAUGUGUUAUCUGUUUAUCGGAACCGCGAGACACCACUGUUCUUCCUUGCCGUCACAUGUGUAUGUGCAGUGGGUGUGCUAAGGUUUUGAGGUUUCAAACGAACCGGUGCCCGAUAUGCAGGCAGUCAGUCGAGAGGCUUUUGGAAAUUAAGGUCAACAACGGAGCAGAAGAUUGAUUGAAGGUUUAAACCACACCAUAUUCCCUGGCUUCUGGUUCCUGAAAACAAAAGAAAGAGCAAGUUUUGGGCACCCACAGAAAUACAUAGUAAGUUUUAAAUAAAACCAAGUAUGGUGAUUGUCCAAAACCAAUGAUUUGGAAUCAAGAAAUCUUGCAACAAGUUUUUAUAUGAUUUGGUUUGGUGCUUAAUGGCACAAAUGGUUUUGCUUUAAGAGUGGCUUGGGCUUGGAAAGAUGUCUUAGUUUCAUGCCCGUGGCAGUAACUAUUUUGUUUCGUAUUCACAUGUGAAUGUAUAUAUAUAUAUUUACUUAAAUUUGUAGUUUGUUUGUAUUGAUAUGGGAAUUGGAAGCAGUUUGCAAUUGCAUAAA